CUGUAAGCCAGCGCGAUGCCUUCCCCGCCCUCGUCCGCCGUCAUCAUCCUCAGCGACAGCGACGACGACGACGACGCGGCCGUCCUCUUGCUGAUCGCCGCCGAGCGCCUCACCUCGUCCCUGACCACCGAAGCCGAAGUGCAGGCCCUCUGCGAGAAGCACGGCGUCCCGGGGAAGCUCGCCGCGCUCCCCGCCGGCGACCGGCGCGCGUGCUCGCCGCCCCCGGCGCGGGCCGUCUGCGUGUACGCGCACGCGCACGCGCUGGAGGCCGGGGUGCGCUUCCCGCUCCCCGCCUUCUUCUGCCAGACGCUCUCCCACUUCGACCUCGCGCCCGGCCAGCUCACGCCCGACGGGUGGCGCGUCCUGGUCGGCUUCCUCGCGCUCUGCCACGACGCCUCCGUCCCGCCGUCGGUCGCCGUGUUCCGCCAUUUCUUCUCGCUCCGAAGCAGGAAGGGCUGGUACUGCUUCCGGUGCAAGGAAGGUGCCGGCGCGCUGGUUACUGGCCUGGGCAGUUCCGAAUCCGACGGAGAGUCGAAAAGGGGGUUUUUCUUCCUGACGGCGCCGGAGGAAUGGCCGUGCCCCGUUCGCUGGGGCGCGCCGACGGCUAAGGUCUCCGCCGCAGGCCCGGAGCUAUCGAGCCAGGAUAAGAAAUCGGUGGCCGAUUUGGUGUACAAACACGGCGCCGCAGUUGAUAUCCGGACCUACCUCCGUGAGGCCGAUCUUGCGGCGGCCUUCUCCUCCAACCUCGCCGGCGCAUCACCACCACCACCUCCGCCUUCUCCUCGUACUACUGGUGAUAAAGGCAUGAAUCCACCGGAAGAGAAGGCGGCAGAGACCGAGAAGGUGAACACGGAGCCGGACGGCGACACGCCGCCGUUGUCUGGGAAGAAGAGGAAACAGGGGGAGACCGCUAUUGUAGAAGACGAACUUUGCCGCUCAGCGCUGACCACGCCGCCGCCUGCUUCCCCACCGGGAUUGUCUGGCGGCUUUUUCGACCCGAAGCCACAGCACUCGCCUGUCCCGGACGCACACGACGGCGACAGCGCCGACUGGAAGGUCUCGCAGAAGGUACUAGAGUGCAUCGUCACGCCGUCGCGGGACGACAAGUUCGCGGCGUCGAAGCCCUCCGACGUCGUCGCGUCGACCUAUGUAGCAAUGCUCCAGGCCGCGAACUACGUGUCCUUCUCCUCCGGCUACGCGCUGGACCUGGACGAGAAGCUGGUGGCGCGGGAGCGCGACAAGGUGGCCCUGUUGGAGCAGCUGGACAAGGAGAAGGCGGCGAGGCAGGCCACCGAGGCGGAGCUGGAGAAGGCGAAGGCCGAGCUCGCGGCGGUGAAGCGGGCAACUCUGCAGAGCGCCAAGGCGACGGCGGUGCAGCAGUUCCUGGGGUCCGAGGAGUACAAGCGGCGGCUCGACGAGCACGCCGCGGCAGGGUACGAGAGCGGCGCGGAGGAGAUGAAGGGCGUCGUGCUCCGGCAUUACCCGCGCCUCGACGCCGCCAAGCUGGUCCUGCCGCUUGAUUAGCUCAUUAUGAUUAUCAGCUUAAUGCUUUGAACUUGGAGCCGUUUUUGUUCCUCUUCUGUAUACAUGGGAAACUGCUCCGGAGAACUGCUGAGCUGCUUAUCA